AGAGCGCAUGGAGCAGAGCGGGCACCGUGAGGCUGGAGGGGCUCCGGGAGGGCAAUGAUGAACCAGAUAUCGUAGCAACAUCCACAAUCUCCAAGUCUUUGUUUCUACUAAGUCAUUAUGGUGCGUCUGACAGUUGAUCUCAUUGCACGGACCAACAAUCACCUCCGCAACAGGAAAGAUGAGACCGUCACUCAGUAUCUGAAAAGAGUCACUCAUCUGAAUUUUUCUAAUAAACAUAUUGAUUGUCUUGAUGACCUGUCUGCGUGCAGAAAUCUCACAGUCCUAUACCUUUAUGACAAUAACAUUAGGGAAAUAAGGUGUCUUGGAUUCCUAACAUCUCUAACUCACCUGUACCUCCAGAACAACUACAUAUCCUGCAUAGAAAGCCUGAGCGGGCUGAAACGACUGGAAAAGCUGUAUUUAGGAGGGAAUUAUCUCACUGUCAUUGAGGGUCUGGAAGGUCUUGAGGAACUGAGAGAACUGCAUAUUGAGAGCCAGAAGAUUCCUCCUGGAGAGAAGUUGCUGUUUGAUCCUAGGACACUUCAUUCCUUAGCUAAGGCUCUCUCUGUACUGAAUAUCAGUAAUAACAAUAUUGAUGAGCUGAAGGAACUUUCAGUUUUGGAGAACAUAACCCAACUUGUGGCUGUAGACAAUCAUCUGAACGAUAUUAAGGAUCUGGAAUUUAUUCUGAGCAAAUGGCCACGGCUGUGGAGGAUGGAUCUCAGUGGAAAUCCAAUUUGUCAGAAACCAAAAUAUAGAGACAAAGUUAUAGUCAUUGCGAAGGCGCUGGAAAUCCUGGAUGGUAGAGAAAUUAAGGAAAUGGCCAGGCAGUUCUUAUUAAACUGGAAAGCCUCAAAAGAUGCCAGGAAGAAAAGCAGAGAAGAGAAUAUGGCCGGCCGAUUAGUAUUUCAACAGUUGUAUGGUUUUGAACAUCCUCAGUCCAUUCUGCCCAUCCAGUAUCAGAACCAGAGAUAUAUACAAAAAGACAAACCAAAGUACUACCUUAUGGCUCCCAUGCAAAGUGAUCAGAAAUCAAGUCACCUAAAAAAAACUGUGGCAAAGAAAACUAUUAAUAUUAGUGAAGAUAUACGACAAUUAGCUGCAAAGGAUCCUGCGAGCUCACUGCCUGGACAAGAUGUUCUCGAGCCACACCUACGAGGCCAAGUAGUGCUCUAAGCACAGAAAGAAGUGUGCAGGACAUUCCCAGGCAAUGCUUCAUUAAUCAUCCCUACCUAGAUGCUCAGUAAUACAGCCAGCUAGCUAAGUCACUGCAAUCUCUGCAAACACACUCUAAUGAGUAGCUCUACAGUCUGCAUUAACUUCUUAAGGCUAGGGCUCCACAGCGUCGUGGAUUCAUUGCGAUUUGCGGCAAAAUUGCAGCUUUUCUUUCCUGUUGGGAAACAUUGACGUUUUACAGCAAAUCUGUGAGAUCCUCGCCUGAAGUAUAACCUUUGGUUUGUAAAAACCAUACCCGAAAGCAAUUAAAAGACAUGUAGGCAAUGGUCUGAAAAAACAUAUACUUGAAAUGAAUAAUUGUGGGUUUUAUUGUAGUGAUGCAGUGAUCACAGCUGCCUAAAAUGCCAUUACGACGUUUUGCAGCAUCUCACACUGGAAUGUGCCAGUCUGAUAUACCAUGUGAACAAGGUAUAGUACUUUGGUGCAGUUUUUGAUGCAUUUAAAGAACAUCUGUCACCCUGAUAAACCCUAUUAUACUGCCUGGUAGAGUUGGUUAUGCUGAAUUAAAUGAGCCCUCUAUUGCUGCAAAUGGAUGUACCAUUGCUGCAUAAUUAUUAUGUUUUAUUUUUAUGCAAAUUAGAUGAUCAGAGAAAACUCUUCUCCGGUCACAAUCCCCCCUCAUGGUCCUCAUUGUAUGGAUACCUGGUCUUGAAAUCUCACGCUUGCAUGGGCAAGACUUUGAUCAGCGCAUGCACAGUUCAUUUCACAGGGUUCUCCUUGCCCUGAGAUCUGCGCAAGCCCUGAUGGUGUCAGUCUCCCCCCGGAAGUCAAGUCCCUUGGUUUCGCUGAUCUAGAAGCAAAGCCGAGCAUCUUCUCUUCCGGUAGGAGACUGAUGUCAUCGGCGCUUGUGCAGUGCAGAUCUCAGAGUGAGCAGAGCCCCCCCAGAAAUUAACUCUGCAUAUGCCAAUCAAAGUCUCACUGGCACAAGCACAAGAUUUCAGGUUCAGGCAUCUGAACAGUGAGGAUACUGGGCACUGUCUAUCAGACCAUGAGGGGGAGUGGUGAGAGGCGAGAGAAGCGGUGCUCCGAGAGGCUAGGCCAGUCCGUUGGUGCUGUGAACACCUAAUUUGCAUAAAGAUAAAAGUAACCAUUAUGCUGCAACGGUACAUCUAUUUGUAGAAAUAGAGGGUUCAUUUAAUUUGUCAUAAUCAACCCUACCAGGCAGUAUGCUUGGUUUAAUAUGGUUGAGUAUGGUCACAGAUGCUCUUUAAAGGGAAUCUGUCACCAGUUUUAUGGUGUCCUAACUAAGGGCAACAUAAACUUGUGACAGAUCCCUUUAGCAAAAUGCUGGGUCACUUUCUUUAAUUGACCCAGCCGUUUUUCUAAAAUCUUGUAUUGACCAGCUCCAGCAAAUACCGAACGAGACUCGGCAUGCGAAAGAGCUUUUGAACCUAGCAGCAUAAAACUGGUGACAGAUUCUCUUUUUUUUUUAUAAAUGCAUUUUAUCCUUACCAUAAACAUACUUCUGUUCUUUUUGAAACCAGUGCUAGUGUUGGCUGAAAGAUUGGAUCAAAACUGCACCAAAACUAACAAAUUCAGCAAGGAAGUGUUUUUUUUUCCAGACGUUUUGUUGAAUAGAAAAAUUAUAGAUCAUUUUAAUAAUUUCUGCUUAGAGACAGGUGCAUUUAGUCCACUAGGAGCUGUGAACAUCUGGUACAAACACAUUUUGGAAACAUUAGCAUUGGAUGAUGUAAGUUUUCUGUUCAUUCUUAUCUUUUCUGCCAUUCAAAUAAAGUUU